AUGGAUAAUUCAAAUGAAUUAGAUAAAUCUAUUAUCGAACCCGAAACAGUAAAUUUAUAUGUUGUAAAGACUUUUCAAAAUUGGGAGUUGUGUGAGGCCUUUUUAUGUAAAUGGGCUAAGAAACAGGGUUUUCGAAUUAUCAAAGAUCGAGUAUAUCAUGAAGAAGAUGUU